AUGGAACUACAGCCGGACCAGGUAGUGCUGAUGCUGGAACUACAGCCGGACCAGGUAGUGCUGAUGCCGGAACUACAGCCGGACCAGGUAGUGCUGAUGCUGGAACUACAGCCGGACCAGGUAGUGCUGAUGCCGGAACUACAGCCGGACCAGGUAGUGCUGAUGCUGGAACUACAGCCGGACCAGGUAGUGCUGAUGAACCGGAACCAGGUAGUGCUGAUGCCGGAACUACAGCCGGACCAGGUACUUCUGAUGCUGGAACUACAGCCGGACCAGGUACUUCUGAUGCUGGAACUACAGCCGGACCAGGUACUGCUGAUGCUGGAACUACAGCCGGACCAAGUACUGCUGAUGCUGGAACUACAGCUGGACCAGGUAGUGCUGAUGCUGGAACUACAGCCAGAUCAGGUACUGCUGAUGCUGGAACUACAGCCGGACCAGGUAGUGCUGAUGCCGGAACUACAGCCGGACCAGGUACUGCUGAUGCUGGAACUACAGCCGGACCAAGUACUGCUGAUGCUGGAACUACAGCCGGACCAGGUAGUGCUGAUGCUGGAACUACAGCCAGACCAGGUACUUCUGAUGCUGGAACUACAGCCGAUCCAGGUACUUCUGAUGCUGGAACUACAGCCGAUCCAGGUACUUCUGAUGCUGGAACUACAGCCGGACCAGGUAGUGCUGAUGCUGGAACUACAGCCGGACCAGGUAGUGCUGAUGCCGGAACUACAGCCGGACCAGGUACUUCUGAUGCUGGAACUACAGCCGGACCAGGUACUUCUGAUGCUGGAACUACAGCCGGACCAGGUACUGCUGAUGCUGGAACUACAGCCGGACCAAGUACUGCUGAUGCUGGAACUACAGCCGGACCAGGUAGUGCUGAUGCUGGAACUACAGCCAGAUCAGGUACUGCUGAUGCUGGAACUACAGCCGGACCAGGUAGUGCUGAUGCCGGAACUACAGCCGGACCAGGUACUGCUGAUGCUGGAACUACAGCCGGACCAAGUACUGCUGAUGCUGGAACUACAGCCGGACCAGGUAGUGCUGAUGCUGGAACUACAGCCAGAUCAGGUACUGCUGAUGCUGGAACUACAGCCGGACCAGGUAGUGCUGAUGCCGGAACUACAGCCGGACCAGGUACUGCUGAUGCUGGAACUACAGCCGGACCAAGUACUGCUGAUGCUGGAACUACAGCCAGACCAGGUAGUGCUGAUGCCGGAACUACAGCCAGACCAGGUACUGCUGAUGCUGGAACUACAGCCGGACCAGGUAGUGCUGAUGCCGGAACUACAGCCGGACCAGGUACUACUGAUGCUGGAACUACAGCCGGACCAGGUAGUGCUGAUGCUGGAACUACAGCCAGACCAGGUACUGCUGAUGCUGGAACUACAGCCGGACCAGGUAGUGCUGAUGCCGGAACUACAGCCGGACCAGUUUCUGCUAGCAGUACCCCAAUGGCAUCAACAGAAACCUCUGAAACUACAGAACAACUUUCAACUACAGAAAUCCCUGCAACUGCUACAGAAAAUCCAAGUACUACUGAUGCUGGACUUACAGCCAAAACAGGUACCACUGAUGCUGGACUUACAGCCGAAACAGGUACGACUGAUGCUGGAAGUACAGCUGAAACAGGUUCGACUGAUGCCGGACGUACAGUCGAAACAGGUACCACUGAUGCUGGACCUACAGCCGAAACAGGUACCACUGAUGCUGGACUUACAGCCAAAACAGGUACCACUGAAGCCAGACCCAUCACCGAAACAGGUACCACUGAAGCUGGACCCAUCACUGAAACAGGUACCACUGAAGCCGGACCCAUCACCGAAACAGGUACCACUGAAGCCGGACCCAUCACCGAAACAGGUACCACUGACGCCGGACCCAUCACCGAAACAGGUACCACUGAAGCCGGACCCAUCACCGAAACAGGUACCACUGAAGCCGGACCCAUCACCGAAACAGGUACCACUGAAGCCGGACCCAUCACCGAAACAGGUACCACUGAAGCCGGACCUACAGCCAAUCCAGGUACAACUGAUGCUGGUAAUACAGCCGAAACAGGUACCACUGAUGCUGGUAAUACAGCCGAACCAGGUACCACUGAUUCCGGACCUACAGCCAAUCCAGGUACAACUGACUCCGGACCUACAGCCGAAACAGGUACCACUGAUUCCGGACCUACAGCCAAUCCAGGUACAACUGAUUCCGGACCUACAGCCGAAACAGGUACCACUGAUUCCGGACCUACAGCCAAUCCAGGUACAACUGAUGCUGGUAAUACAGCCGAAACAGGUACCACUGAUGCUGGUAAUACAGCCGAACCAGGUACCACUGAAGCCGGACCCAUCACAGAAACAGGUACCACUGAUGCCGGACCCAUCACCGAAACAGGUACUACUGAAGCCGGACCCAUCACCGAAACAGGUACCACUGAAGCCGGACCCAUCACAGAAACAGGUACCACUGAAGCCGGACCCAUCACCGAAACAGGUACCACUGACGCCGGACCCAUCACCGAAACAGGCACCACUGACGCCGGACCCAUCACCGAAACAGGUACCACUGACGCCGGACCCAUCACCGAAACAGGUACCACUGACGCCGGACCCAUCACCGAAACAGGUACCACUGAAGCCGGACCCAUCACCGAAACAGGUACCACUCCGGACCCAUCACGAAACAGGCACCACUGACGCCGGACCCAUCACCGAAACAGGCACCACUGACGCCGGACCCAUCACCGAAACAGGUACCACUGACGCCGGACCCAUCACCGAAACAGGCACCACUGACGCCGGACCCAUCACCGAAACAGGCACCACUGAAGCCGGACCCAUCACCGAAACAGGUACCACUGACGCCGGACCCAUCACCGAAACAGGCACCACUGACGCCGGACCCAUCACCGAAACAGGCACCACUGAAGCCGGACCCAUCACCGAAACAGGUACCACUGAAGCCGGACCCAUCACCGAAACAGGUACCACUGAAGCCGGACCCAUCACCGAAACAGGUACCACCGAAGCCGGAGCCAUCACCGAAACAGGUACCACUGAAGCCGGACCCAUCACCGAAACAGGUACCACUGAAGCCGGACCCAUCACCGAAACAGGUACCACUGAUUCCGGACCUACAGCCAAAACAGGUACCACUGAAGCCAGACCCAUCACCGAAACAGGUACCACUGAAGCUGGACCCAUCACUGAAACAGGUACCACUGAAGCCGGACCCAUCACCGAAACAGGUACCACUGAAGCCGGACCCAUCACCGAAACAGGUACCACCGAGGCCGGAGCCAUCACCGAAACAGGUACCACUGAAGCCGGACUCAUCACCGAAACAGGUACCACUGAAGCCGGACCCAUCACCGAAACAGGUACCACUGAUUCCGGACCUACAGCCAAUCCAGGUACAACUGAUGCUAGUAAUACAGCCGAAACAGGUACCACUGAUGCUGGUAAUACAGCCGAACCAGGUACCACUGAUGCUGGUAAUACAGCCGAACCAGGUACCACUGAUUCCGGACCUACAGCCAAUCCAGGUACAACUGAUUCCGGACCUACAGCCGAAACAGGUACCACUGAUUCCGGACCUACAGCCAAUCCAGGUACAACUGAUGCUGGUAAUACAGCCGAAACAGGUACCACUGAUGCUGGUAAUACAGCCGAACCAGGUACCACUGAUGCCGGACCUACAGCCGAAACAGGUACUACUGAUGUUGGUAAUACAGCCGAACCAGGUACCACUGAUGCUGGAGCUACUGCCAAUCCAGUUACCACUGAUGCCGGACCUACAGCCGAAACAGGUACUACUGAUGCUGGUAAUACAGCCGAACCAGGUACCACUGAUGCUGGAGCUACAGCCAAUCCAGUUACCACUGAUUCCGGACCUACAGCCGAUGAAACAGGUACCACUGAUGCUGGACCUACAGCCGAAACAGGUACCACAGAUGCCGGACCUACAGCCGAAACAGGUACGACUGAUUCCAGACCUACAGCCGAAACAGGUACCACUGAUGCCGGACCUACAGCCGAAACAGGUACUACUGAUGCUGGCAAUACUGCCGAACCAGGUACAACUGAUGCUGGUAAUACAGCCGAACCAGGCACCACUGAUUCUGGAGCUACAGCCAAUCCAGGUACCACUGAUGCCGGACCUACAGCCGAAACAGGUACUACUGAUGCUGGUAAUACAGCCGAACCAGCUACCACUGAUGCUGGAGCUACAGCCAAUCCAGUUACCACUGAUUCCGGACCUACAGCCGAUGAAACAGGUACCACUGAUGCCGGACCUACAGCCGAAACAGGUACCACUGAUGCCGGACCUACAGCCGAAACAGGUACGACUGAUUCCGGACCUACAGCCGAAACAGGUACCACUGAUGCCAGACCUACAGCCGAAACAGGUACCACUGAUGCCGGACCUACAGCCGAAUCAGGUACCACUGAUGCCGGAUAUACAGCCGAACCAGGUACCACUGAUUCCGGACCUACAGCCAAUCCAGGUACCACUGAUGCCGGAUAUACAGCCGAAACAGGUACCACUGAUGCCGGACCUACAGCCAAAACAGGUACCACUGAUUCCGGACCAACUGCCGAAACAGGUACCACUGAUGCUGGAACUACAGCCAAACCAGAUACUACCGGUGCUGGAACUACAGCCAAACCAGAUACUACCGAUGCUGGAACUACAGCCAAACCAGAUACUACCGAUGCUGGAACUACAGCCAAACCAGAUACUACUGAUGCUGGAACUACAGCCAAACCAGGUACUACUGAUGCUGGAACUACAGCCAAACCAGGAACUACUGAUGCUGGAACUACAGCCAAACCAGAUACUACCGAUGCUGGAACUACAGCCAAACCAGGAAUUACCGAUGCUGGAACUACAGCCAAACCAGAUACUACUGAUGCUGGAACUACAGCCAAAGCAGAUACUACUGAUGCUGGAACUACAGCCAAACCAGAUACUACCGAUGCUGGAACUACAGCCAAACCAGGAACUACUGGUGCUGGAACUACAGCCAAACCAGAUACUACCGAUGCUGGAACUACAGCCAAACCAGGAACUACUGAUGCUGGAACUACAGCCAAACCAGAUACUACUGAUGCUGGAACUACAGCCAAACCAGGAAUUACCGAUGCUGGAACUACAGCCAAACCAGAUACUACUGGUGCUGGAACUACAGCCAAACCAGGAAUUACCGAUGCUGGAACUACAGCCAAACCAGGAACUACUGAUGCUGGAACUACAGCCAAACCAGGUACUACUGAUGCUGGAACUACAGCCAAACCAGGUACUACUGAUGCUGGAACUACAGCCAAACCAGGAAUUACCGAUGCUGGAACUACAGCCAAACCAGAUACUACUGAUGCUGGAACUACAGCCAAACCAGGAACUACUGAUGCUGGAACUACAGCCAAACCAGGUACUACUGAUGCUGGAACUACAGCCAAACCAGGUACUACUGAUGCUGGAACUACAGUCGAACCAUCUUUGCCAAGUACAACUUCUUCUACUAUUGCAACCACCGCUACGCCACCAAUUCAGUGUGAGAACGGAGGUACACCUGAAGGACAGUCUUGCAACUGUCCUCCUGACUUCCACGGGGAGACCUGCAGAGAUUUUAAAACUGACAUAGUGCCAGGUACGCUCAAUAGGACAGCAGUGGUUAAUAAUAUGGAAACUAAUUCCCCGUACAUAGAAAAAUAUAACGACAAAACUUCAACUGAAUACACAGACAAGGUCAAGGAUUUCACAACAGAGAUGGAGGAAUACUACAGGAAUAAAGGGAUACGGAAUUUCACAGUGGAAAACGUAACUCUGAGUAAGGGGUCACUUAUGACCAUACGCUUGGGACGUGGUAUAGAGGAGAACAGGAUGGAAAACUCCUUGUACAACCCCAAGGCAGGAUCAUAUCGUUUGAAGGUCAAACACAAUAUCAUUCUGACGGUUCUGAAUGAACCAGGAGCUGAGCAACAGUACAAGAACUUCGUAGGCGACGUUAAUUUAGCUUUGGAGAAUAUCAAAUUGUGUUCAGCUCGUCGCUCAGGAUGUCCUACGUUUACUGUUGUCUCAGUGGAAGAACCACAAGAAACGCCACUUGAUGAGAAAGCUGUAUGUCAGAAAACAAUCAACCUUGAUUUUGCUAAAUACUUUGAGCCUUACAAUAAAGACGGGAAGUUGCUCUGUUUGACGGCAUGUGACCCCAGACAUAAUAACACUAAAAACUGCAACAGCGGUAUCUGUGAAGUAACUAGAGCCGGACUGUCAUGCAACUGUAAAAACACAAACUCAAUCUGGUACCUGGCUGACUGUAACCACCCGAUCCACAAGGCUGGGUUAUAUGCCGGAAUCAGUAUAACUGCCGGGGUUGUCCUGGUGAUAUUUGGUGUCCUGAUAGUGUUCCUGGUGGUGAACAAGAAAAAGGAAAAGAGGAAUAAAGACACUAAGCAGGAGAUGGUAAACCAGUGGCUUGAGGAUGACUUUGAAUGGCCCACACCCAACACCAGGUCCACCACAACACCUCACCCAGGGACGUACGAUAACCCAGCAUACACCAACGGGGUGUCAAAUAUCUACCAACACUCAAGCGGUCCUCUUCCAACCUACAACCCCAACCCACAGUCGAGCGAAAGAUACCCUCCACCAUACUACCCCUCAGAGCCCCACAACCAAAUGCACAACUUCCCAAGCAACCAGCCUGUAAGGAUCAACAGACCGCAGAUCAGAACAUCUUGUGACUUGUAGCAUCCUCUUACUCACAAGAAAAAGUGCCUACGGAUGCUAAUUUGAGUCAGUACAUUCCCAAAGAAAAUAUUGCACUUUUUACUCCAUGCAUUUUCCCUGACAACCAAAAGUACUCAUUACGUUUUGAAUGCUUAACAGAACAGGAAAAUAGUCAAAUUCAAGCACUUUUCAGGAGAACACGUGGCCAUCCCUACUGCCUCUGGCCUGGCGGACUCAGUAAGCACAAAUGCAUCUUUUGUAAAUAAUCUCUGAGUGUUGGAGCAUGCCCUUGGCUAUCCUUACAUUUUGAAAAAAAUUAAAUGGUCUGUUUUGCUUAAUAUAAAGGAUUUUUAAGUGAUUUACACUUUUACUUUUAGUAAUAAUAUUUACUUUUGAUAUUUAAAGCCAAAUACUUUUAGAUGUUUUCUCAAGUAGUAUUUUGAUGACAAUUGGGUACUUUUUCCACCACUGUGCGAAAAAUACACAUAGGAUUGCUUGCUUGUCUAUGGCGGCCCGAAUAAGCCACAGCUCUCUGUUGUUCAUUAAAUCCUCCAGUCGAUUUCUUGAAUCGAAUUAGCAUAAUACAAAAUCCUCAUACAAAUCUGUUUUGUUUAAGCUUGAGAUAUCUGUUUCUAUGCAUGGCCUGCAUCUCAAUCCAUUGCAUCCGUCGAUAUCGGCCUCCCAGAUGGGCUGCGUCUCAAUCCAUUGCAGCCGUCAAUAUCGGCCUCCCAGAUGGGCUGCGUCUCAAUUUAUUGCAUCCACGGAUAUCGGCCUUCAGGAUCUGCUGUGAAAGGUGGCAGAACUACAGUUGUGUUUGUCAGAUCAGAAGACCUCCUGAAAAUCAGUACAACUCAAAACAAACUUCCUUUAAAAAAAAGAUUGGGGGGCUCUCUGUUUUUCCAUGUGUGAAUCUAUGAUUCAAUGCAUUUCUUUGACCUAAUAGCAGUAAUGCCAAAUUCAAUGUUUCAUCAAAUCAUUUGGGGACUCUAGAGGUUUAAAGCUGCUAAGUAUUUUGUUCUGAAAUGACAGGGUGAUCAAAUUAAGACCCUACAUCUGUCUGAACAAAUUGAAUGUAAAUGUGGUAAAUACACAUAGGAUUGCUUGUUUAUGGAGGCCGAAUGAGCCAGAGCUCUCUGUUUUUCAGUAAAGCUGCUGGAUACUCUGCUCUGAGACGGUGUCUCUGCCUAUGUUGUCCAAGUAUGUAUAGCAUAUGUUCUUCCAGGAGGGAUUCGCCCAUGAGAGGAUACCCACAGUAUGAGACCACUGGUGGCCAGCUCAGGAUGCCUGAAACAUAUAGGAUUAAAACAGCUAUGGUAUUUAUACUCAUAAUAUAAUAUUUAUUCAUUUUGACAGUGGAUCAAAUGUAAUUUUAUUGCACUUUAAGAUUGAAUUCAUCAAUGUGCACUUGAUCGUUCUAUGUCUAGCAAUAGUUAAGAGGGUUAUAAGUAAUAUAGCUUUUAUUUAUUUAUUUGUCUUUGUUUACUUGUUAUUGUAUAUUAGCUCUGUAUUACACUGUAUGCGGUCUGCCAAACAAUUUGUAUCACUGUUAAUACUGUUAUGUAAAUAUGUAAAUUGUAAUCAGAAAUUGAUAACUAUGAUUUUUGUUAUCAAGAAAUAAAAUAGUUUCUGAAAAUG